GGAUAUCUUGCUGUCAGAUCCGGAGCUGUUGUUGACUAUACACAAAUCUGACCAGGAACUCUUGCGUUAGUUACUUUACUCACAUGUGAGAGCAAACUCGGCAUCUCUGUCCUUGCCGACUCCCGGUUUACCGAGUUGAGUACUUCUGCAGAAGAGACGGAACAUCUGGAUGAUCAUGGAUGAAUUCACUCCUUUAGACUGUCUGCUGCCUACAGGCACACAGAAAAUAUGUCUGAUCAUUCUCAACCAGCCAUUGGAAAAAGACAGUCUUCACACACUCUGGAGUAAAGCUCUCCUGCGGGCGUGUGCAGAUGGUGCGGCUAACCACCUGUAUGACAUCACCGCUGGACAACAAGACAGUUUUCUUCCAGACUACAUCAGUGGGGACUUUGAUUCUAUUACUGCAGAGGUCAAAGCUUUCUACACAGAGAAGAAGUGUCGGUUGAUAGAGACCGCUGAUCAGGAGCUGACUGACUUCACUAAAUGUCUGGCCAUCAUGGUGGAGGAGAUCAAGAGAAAACAGCUUCAGGUGGAUACUAUAGUGACUCUGGGUGGUCUAGCAGGAAGAUUUGACCAGACCAUGGCUUCAGUAGAGACUUUGUACCACGCCCUCAAUAUGACAGAACUACCUCUGGUGGUUCUACAGGGAUGCAGUCUGGCCUACCUGCUACGACCGGACAUGAGACACAGGUUGGGAGUGAAUACAGGACUGGAGGGGGAAUGGUGCAGUCUAAUACCUAUAGGAGGACCAUGCAAAACACACACCACUGGACUCAAAUGGAACCUGGACAACCAGGUACUGCAGUUCGGGAAGCUGGUGAGCACAUCCAACAUCUACGAGCCUGUCGCCCAGGGAGACCAGAGGAAGCCUGUAACCGUGACAACGGACCAGCCACUGCUCUGGAGCAUGGGCAUCUGCAGGGACAGGAAAUGACAUCAUCGACCAGGGUGCUCCACCUCCUUCCAGAAUGAACAAAUGGGUGUCAUUUAAAUAGGCUAAUGGCUUCCUCUCUCUCCCCAACUGGAAAUUCACACUUCUGCUUAGUUGAAAUAGUGUAAAAAUGCCUCUUUCCUUCCUUGGUGAAGGAAUUUCUGAAUGGUCACAAGAGGAAGCCACUUUACAUUAUAGAUUCACCACUAGCCUAGAAAACUCUGUCCUGAUUCCAAACUGGAGACUUGUCCCUUCCCCUUAAAGACUAACCAUUGCAUAUCUGACGUGGGGGUCAAAUCCAUACUUCUCAAGGGUGGAUUUUAGGGUGCAAGUCUACGGUUUGGAACUCAGCCCCAAUGUGCCUUCACCGUUGUCGCAUAACAAACAGAGAUACACAUUAUAUACAAGUCAAACAUAAGUCAAGCUGCGUAUUUCCUUGAUUUAUUAACACAGUCAAAUAAAAACAUUGCAAACAAUGUUUUUUAAAAAUGGCAUCCCUUCACUAUCCUCCCACCACCACUUUUCCACAUUGCCCUGCUGCCAAAUGUCUCUGGUUAUUGUAGUUCUGUAGUUGUAGUUCUGUAACAUCUCCAGAGGUUAAACCGCCCCUGAGAGAGAUAAGAGAACUCACAAUAACAGGGCCACACAGAGGCUAAUUCAGUUUCUCCCCUUUACCCAAAAGUAUACAAUCAUCCACACCUCUUAACUGUAGUGGCAGAAAUGCUAUAUGCCUUAUGAUUUAAAAUAGUGUGUUUCACGCAUUCCAUCAAAUCAAAUAGAACUGCAAAACAUAGUUUGAUAUUAUCGCAGAUCUACAUGCAUCUAUGCACAUAUCUUGUGGUCCUUCUGUAGCUCAGUUGGUAGAGCAUGGCGCUUGUAACGCCAGGGUAGUGGGUUCGGUUCCCGGGACCACCCAUACGUAGAAUGUAUGCACACAUGACUGUAAGUCGCUUUGGAUAAAAGCGUCUGCUAAAUGGCAUAUAUUAUUAUUAUAUUAUUAUUAUUAUUAUAUCUUGAUAACAAAUGAAUCAUAUAUGUGGAUCUUGUAGACAGGUAGCAUUAGUGCACUUUAGAACACUGUAGUCAAAUCACCCAAACCCUAACCUAACCUAAAAAGCCAAAUGGACUGAACUUGAAUUGUUUUCUACCAAUAAUGUGCACAAUACAGCACUGAAUGACUACUGUCCAACUGACUCCUGGUGUGUGUGUCCUGCAGUGUUGAAGGUGUGGUCCUACUUUCACAAUGUUAUUGUUGAAGAUGUGGAUGAGCUUGACAAAGAACCCGAUGAAGCUCAUGAUGGCAAACCCAAUCACUGUCGCCAUGGCAAUCUUCUGGAAUUCUAGAACAGAGAUCAAGAGAGAUGGUACAAUAAUAUUCUCUCGUCAUGACAUUUUACAGACCUACAAUUCCCGAGAACUCCACAAGAACCGUCUUGAUCGGUGUGGUUUCUUUCUGAGAAAGAUGGAACUUUUGUCAGCAAGGCAAUGAUGACUGUUUUACAGGAGUUUUAUUGAAUCUGUGUGGAUGUUUUCGACGGUGGCCUGGUUUGACAAUCUUAAUGUUUGUAACAAAAACAGGCUAGACAGUGGUAGGGGUGGCCAGCAAGGUCAUCGGGGUGCAGCAGACACAGCUCUUAGAAAGUUUUAGGAAGUAAGUGAUGAGGAGAGCUAACAGUAUCCUAGACUGUCCUAAUCACCCGGGCAUUGACGAUUUUGAGCUCGUCCCUUCAGGUCAUUGUUUUCAACUUCCCAAAUUCAAGAGCAAUAGAUCCAAGAACUCAUCCCACAGGCCAUAAACUUUCUACAUCUACACAGGAAAAUAAAUCAUGCAUAUUUAUUGAUGCACGUUUUCACAAUGACUGCGCCUUUUAUUGAUCGUACACUGUAACCAAUCGCAUGAUGUAUAUCUGUUGUAUGGUUGUCACUGUUUUUAAAUGUUGCCUUUAUUGUUGAACCCUGACUGCACAACACAUUUCCCAAUUGGGACAAUAAAGACAUUGGUUUGUUUGAU